GGUCACGUGUGUUUUGAAAAGUUUUACAGGGAUGGAGAAGAGCAUGAUCUUCGUUCAUUUCAAACGCGAUUUCGAAGCAAGCCUAGUUUAACACUGCAGCUUACCGUAUUUAUACGUUUUGAUAAUCCGUCCCAUAGUCCAGACAGCUGGUUUAUUUUAACACUUGCUAGCUUGGGAUAACGUUACAUUUCUGUCUUUGGCUAACGUUAGCUCGUAUCAGCGCUGCGGACUGUCGGGUCCCACGUUUGCAGGAGGAUUGUACCUGUUGUGUUUGUUUCAUCUCAGUUUCUCGGUGUGUUAGCAGGCUCGGUUGAGUUUAGUUCAUCAAAAUGGUGUUUUUCACCUGUAACGCGUGCGGCGAGUCCCUGAAAAAAGGUCAGGUAGAUAAACACGUGAGCAUGUGCCGGGGCUGCCAGGUGCUGUCCUGCAUCGACUGUGGAAAAGACUUCUGGGGUGAUGACUACAAGAACCACGUUAAGUGCAUCAGUGAAGACCAGAAGUAUGGAGGCAAAGGCUACGAGGCCAAGGCAAACAAAGGAGACGUGAAACAGCAGCAGUGGAUCCAGAGAAUCCACGAAGCCAUGAACAAACCUGGGAUCAGUGCAAAGCUAAAGAAUGUGCUCACACAAGUCAGUACAUAUGAUAACGUCCCAAGAAAGAAGGCCAAGUUUCAGAACUGGAUGAGAAACAGUCUUAAAAUAGCCAACUCCAGUCUUCACGAUGAAGUCUGGGACAUCCUCGGUGCAGCUGACAAUGCUCCAGAGGUCCCCCAGCAGGCUAAAAAAGAUGAACAGAUAGUGGCUGAAGUCAAAGUAGAUACAAAUGGAGAUGAAAAGCAGAACGGCCAGCCAGAUGUUGAGAAGAAGAAGCUGAACAAACGGGAGCGCAAAGAAGCUCGUCAGCAGAAGAACGGGAAAGCUAAGAAAGGAGCAGAAAAAAUAGUCACACAGGAACCAGAGGAUGACCAGGCAGGCAAAAAGAAAAAAAAGGACAGAAAGAGAAAGCACAGCUGCGAAGAGGAUGGGGAUGAAGAGCAGAAUGGGCACGAUGCUGAAAAUAAGACAUCUAGCAAGAAAACAAAGAUUGACGAAACAGCAGAGGCUGCUGAUACAGAGGAGACAGAGGAUCAAACAGCUUCCAAAGGCAAAUUCAACUGGAAGGGGAGUAUCAAGGCAGUACUGAGAGACUCACCUGACCAGGAACUGCCAGUGAAGAAACUAAGGAAGAAGGUUUUGGCAGCCUACUACUCUUUCACUGGUGAUGGAAAUUUUAAAACGGAAGAGGAGGUGCUCGCGUUAUUCAACAAGAAGAUCAACAACAAUCCCAAGUUUAGAGUUUUGAAAGACAGAGUUAAACUUGUAAAGUAGAUGUAUUUAUCUCACCCCUCUGACAUGAAAUGUAUGUUGUUCAUAGACUUUUAAAAUUUAAAGGCCAGUGUUGUCUGUCAUCCUGCCUCGGAUGUUUUUAUACAGAUGACAUAAUCUCAAAGAUUAAAUCAUUUUAUA